AAAGAGAGAGGGAGAGGGAAAGAGAGAGGCUGGAGAAUGAGAGGUUGGAGAGAGAGAGAGAAAGGGAAAUGCAGGCUGCAGGUCUAGAUGUUUGUGGGAACAUUGUGGGCCGAGGAGCAAGCGAGAAGAACGGCGUUGGCAUGACCCAACACCAGCACAGAGAGAUGUUGGCCGCGAGAGCUGACAGCGAGAACAAUCCAUCCAGCCACAACCCUCCAAACCAUAACCCACCCAAGAUUCUGCCAGUGUCUGGAAAACUAGAGCAGGCGAUGCAGAACAACUCCGGUCUUGUUCGUCCCUCUGCCUUCAAGCCGGUGGUUCCCAAGAGCUUCCACUCCAUGCAGAACCUGGUUGGCCAGGCAGGAGGGGCUGGGAGCGAGGGCAAGACUGAGGCAAGGAGUGAAGGGUUCAGUGAGGGAAGAGGUGGCAGGAGAGGCAGGGACGGGGGAGGAGAGUCAGGAGAGGUCCCAGAGGCCCUGCUCCUGGACCAGGACAGUCCAGUGAGGGUCAGCAGAAGUGAGGGUGGGGGAAAUGGUAAUGAAGUGGUUCAGGGAGGGAUGUCUGACUCAGGGAGGAACUCCCUGACCAGCCUGCCCACCUACACAGGCUCGGGGUCUGGUUGUGGACCCCCAGCAGUCCUUGGGCCUCUAAGUGCUUCCACCAGCCACAUCAAUAGAUUGGGCAUGGUUGGGGCAGCUGCAGGCCUGGACAAGCUUGAAAAGCCUGGUUACCAGAAUGGGCUAAGUGCUUCAGACAGCGGCCGCUCCUCCUCAGGAAAGAGCUCCUCGUCCUAUCAGAGGCUGAGCCACCUGAGUGAUGCCCCAGCACCUCUGCGCCCCUCCCCCUCAUCUGAUGACAUCAUUCAGGACCUGGAGGACCGCUUGUGGGAGAAAGAGCAAGAGGUGCAGCAUAUGCGCCGCAACCUGGACCAAAGUGAGGCAGCAAUCAUUCAGGUGUUUGAGGAGAAGCAACGUGUGUGGGAGCGACAGAUGGAUGAGCUGAGACAGAACUAUGCCUCGCGCCUGCAGCAGGUUACGCGUCGCGCUCAGCGCUCCCAGACUGCCCUGCAGGCCCAGAUAACCCGUCUAUCCCAGGACAAGAGGAGACUCCAGGAGGAGAUGGCGGCUCUGCUAGCCCAGAGAGAGGAGCUAGAGAGAAAGUGUCUGGAUUACAGGAAGGAGCAGGCUGACAUCUUGCCUCGCCUGGAGGAGACCAAAUGGGAGGUGUGUCAGAAGGCAGGAGAGAUCUCCUUGCUGAAGCAGCAGCUGAGGGAGAGCCAGGCCGAAGUGACCCAGCGAGCUGGAGAGAUGGUGGCCCUGAGAGGCCAGCUGAAGGAGCUAAAUGCCCAGCUGAGGGAGCGGGAGGAGACCAUGCUGGGCCUGAAGGACUCCUACAGCACCAAGAGUCUGGAGCUGGAGAAGUGUGAGGGAGAGCUGAGGAGGACUCUGUCAGAGGUGUCCAUCCUCAGAGAGAAGCUGGGUGUAUUUGAGGCAGAGGUGCUUAGUCUGAAGCGGGCUCUGAGCGAAGUUAGCAGAGGAGCCGAAGUUGUCGUAAGCCCUAACUUAGCUGCUGCAGGGCUGUUGCCACCCUGGGGAGCUGUGCACUGCCCACGAAACCCUUCUGAGCCCUCACCUAACUCCCUCACCCCCACAUCUGACACCCUGCUGAGCCUUCAGAGUGAUGAAGCCAAAGCCCAAAGGCAGGAAGCUCAGAGACAAGAGAGGCAGCAACGCGAAGAAGCUCAAUGGCGCGACGUGCAGCAGCGGCAAGAUGCUCACAUACAGCAGGACAUGCAAAUUCGUCAGGAUGGCCAAGUCCGACCAGAUGCUCAACUCCGCCAGGAAGUCCAGCUUCGUCAGGAGGCUCACCUCCGCCAUGAAGUCCAAAUCCGUCAAGAGGCCCAACUCCGCCAAGAAGCCCAGCUGCGUCAAGAGGCACAGCUCCGUCAGGAGGUUCAACUGCGCCAAGAGGUCCAGCUCCGUCAGGAGGUCCAGCUGCGCCAUGAGGCCCAACUGCGUCAAGAGGCCCAGCUACGUCACGAGGCCCAACUAUGUCAGGAGGUGCAGCUGCGUCAGGAUGCUCACCAGCCACAGCGGGUCCAGGAGGGUCACUGGGACGAGGCAGGGGAGCUGCGCAGGCAACUAGAGCAACUGCAGGCUGCAUUACGCCUAGAGCGACAGCAACGAGAACGUCAGGCUCUCAACUUUGACCAGGAGCGACACACCUGGCAGGAUGAGAAAGAACGGGUUUUGAAAUACCAGGCACAGUUGCAGCUGAGCUAUGUGGAAACACUGCAGAAGAACCAGGCUUUGGAGAAACGCAUGAGCCAGUUGGGAGCCAAACCGACCACAACCUCCACCACCACCACUACCACCACCACCACCACCUCUCCCUCCUCCUCUAAUUCUCCACCUCCACCACCAGCCCUUUCACCUCUGUCUGCUCAGCCUCCUUCCCUCCCAGGCCCUAUCACCCUCACCCUCUCCCCACCCUGUGAAGACCAGAAGGGCCCGCCUUCUCUCCACCAGCUUGCCCCUCCCUGGGCAGGACCUUCACGCCUGGAGAGGAUAGAGUCCACUGAGAUAUAGAGACAGCUCCAUGAAACAGUUUCAAAUUGUCCAGUACAAUACACACACAGUGACGAGGCCUCUCACACUAAACCACUUCAUCAUACAGUAGAAACACAUUUCAGUCUACAAUAGAAUAAAUCAAUGCAGUCUGACACACUUUUCAAAGCAACUACAGACACUUAACAGCAACAGUAACAAAUAACAAGCUUAUCAUCUGAACAGGAAGUUGAACUAUACGUAAUCUACCAAUGAUUUAUCAACCUCCUAAGCAGCCUUUCUCUUACUAGUUGCACACUACAUCCUGCAUUAUCAGUGUUCAUGAAAAGUGUGCCACACUGAUGGGUGGCAUAAAAACAAAAUGUUAAAUGACAAUGUUUAGAUAACAGCACUAAUACAGAGGUCAUUUAAUGCCCAUCCUAGAAAAGGACCAAGACAAUCAGGGAUAUUGUCAACAAGAUUAUAUGCGGUAUUUAUUCAUUGUAAGUCUGUGUCACUGGUAAUGUAAAAGUAGAAUUAGUGGUCAGAGUGUGUGAUGUUAACCUGCAUUUUUGGCCAGAGAGCGCCUUACUCCAUUCUUUCCAGCAUGUAGAAGAGAAUAAGUUAAUGCUGGGAAUAGAUGAGAAAAAAAAAACCAUCAAGAGUGUGAUUAUCAUUUUCAGUGCUUUAAUUAUAUAUCAGCAAACCAGUUACACAACAAUCACUAUACAUAACUGGACUGUUUCAUUUAAAUCCCAGCAGAUAUUAAAGGUUACACAGACUCAGUUAUCAAGUCAUUUCAUGCACAGGGUCCAACUCGCAUGACCCAUCUAAACACAUCAUUAAGACCAACAGAGUUUAUAUUUUCUACAAAUUGAAUUAAAUAGAUGUUUAGCAGAUAAUCAACCCCGACUGAAUAUGAAAUAAGUUUUAAGACACGUGGGAGAAACCUGGUUCGCCUUCACCGCAGACUCUCUGUGGUGACUAAAAAAAAAAUGAACACUAGAGGUCGUUAGAGAGCUUUCAAGCAGUUUCUAUUCUUCUCAUUGAACUGUAAAACAGCGCAAAUAAAUGGAAGCACACAAUCUGAAUUUGGUUAUUAUGAUGAUUGUGUUGUUCACUUUGUGCAUUUACAGCCAAGACAUCAGAGAAAGCCGUCAGUAUCCCCAAAGUUUUAAAAGAAAAAAAAGUUUUAUAGAAUGUAUGAUAUACUAGAAAGAAAUACUUAUAAUAGUUAUAGAUUGUAAAUGUGUGAGUGUGAGUGUGUGUGUGUGUGUGGGAGAGCGGAUGUGUGCAUGUGUGUAUACAUAUGAAAAGCUUCAGCUUAUGAGAUUGAGGAUAGAGGGACUAGUGGCAAUACAGCAAGUGAAGAUAUAUUACGUUUUUUUUUUGGGAGGGGAGGGCUUUACAUUACAGUACAGUAAAAUCUUGACACAAGGGCAGCGGGACUGAAAUUUCAAACUGAGGGAGUCUGCAUAUCCUUCUGGAAAACUACUUUUUCUGUAUAGUUCAUUUAGACAAAGAAGGGGAGAGGGAAGUUUAAAAAAAAAAAUCUGAAAAGUGGAGAGUCUGCCUCUUUAAAGGGAGCAUUCAGGCUAACUGCACUAUGUAGUGUCCUACACACAAGUUAUGAUGUACAGUAGACUCAGAUGUGAAUAUCAUGGCUUUUAUAUGUGUUGUUUAUGCCAGCAUACAAAGAUGUUGCUCAAGAAUAUUAACUUAUCUCUAAGGUAUUACAUAGUAUUAUCAUCUUUAUUAUUGUUAUUAUAUUAUGGUGAACUGACAGAGAAAAUAUGUGCCAUUUGAGCUUUCCUUCAUGUGUUUUGUUUUUUUGUUUUUUUUUAACUGUGUAGAUAGCCUAUUGGCCUACCAUAAUGGUGCAAUCAUAGCAACCCUGUCCAAAAAUGAUGUUCCUUUUGAUGUAGGUGAUAAAUGUAGUUACAGUAUUGCAUUGUUUAGAGAACAAAAAUGCUACCGAUUUUAUACAUGUUUCAGAUUUAUUGUUUGCAUUUAUGUUACUAGUACUGUUCUGGCUUGAUUCAAACCACCCCUUUGUUAAAAUUCAGCAGAACUAAUAAAGAUAUGUGAAUAAUUCAGCA